AUGUCGUCCGCCGCCGCUCUCCCCACGGGCACCGCCCCGACCUCGCUCUUCGUCAACCCCCCCUUCCGCCACGCCCACGUCGGCUCCUUCCUCCGCCCUGCUGCGGUGCACGAGGCUCGCGCCCAGUUCGCCUCCGGCUCCAUCGACGCCACUGCCCUGCGUCAGAUCGAAGACCGCGAGAUCGCCGCUCACGUCCAAACCCUGCUCCAGCACAACAUCCAGGAGAUCACAGACGGCGAAUUUCGUCGGGAGUACUUCCAUCUCGAUUUCCUCAAGCACAUCUCUGGUAUCACCAUCUCCAAGAACACCCUCGAGCAGAAAGAAGGCCGGGUGCCACCGACCCUGAGCGUCACAGGCAAGUUGCGACACACGGGAAACAUCGAGGUGGAAAACUUCAAGUACCUUCGUUCGCUUGUGCCCGAAGAUGCGGUGAAGCGGAUCAAGAUUACGAUUCCCUCGCCGACGAUGUGUCACUUCCGCGGUGGUCGUGCUGCCAUUUCUUCGGAGGCGUAUCCGGAUCUGGAGGAGUUCUUCUCCGACCUGGCUGCGGUGUAUCGCACGGAAAUCGACGCUCUCUACGCCGCAGGAUGCCGCUACGUCCAGUUGGACGAUACCAACUUGGCCUAUCUAACCGACCAGACUAUGCGUUCGCAAGCCCAAUCGCGAGGAGAAGACCUCGACCGUCUCCCACACGACUAUGCCCGACUCAUCAACGCCUCCCUCGCCUCCAAACCUGCCGACAUGGUGGCCGCCAUCCACCUGUGCAAGGGUAACUUCCGCAGUCAGUUUUUCGCCCAAGGCUCUGAGGAGGGGUACAACCCCAUCGCCGAAGUUCUUUUCCAGAAACUCAACGUGAACGCCUUCUUCCUGGAAUGGGAGGACGAACGAUCAGGAAAAGAUUUCAGCGCUCUCAAGCAUCUGCCCAAGAACAAGAUUGUCGUCCUCGGUUUGGUGUCCAGCAAAUUUGCCGAGAUGGAAGACAAGGCAAAGCUCGUGCAGAAGAUCAACGAAGCAGCAAAGAGUGUCGUCGGUGAAGACGGAUUGAAGCAGUUGGCCAUCAGUCCCCAGUGUGGGUUUAGCAGCACCGUGCACGGAAACGAGAUCACGCCCGAGACCCAGUUUGCCAAGUUGGGACUGUGCAGGGACGUCGCGCUCGACGUGUGGGGCGAUGCUGUCUAA